ACGUUUAUAAGGUUAUCAUUUUUAGUUGAAAUGAUUCAACAUAUUAAUUACGAUGAUUAUAUUUUAUAUAGUUUACGUGUUAAAUUAUUUUUUAAAUAAGAAUUCAUUCUUGUGCCAUGUUUUAGAUGAAGUGCCACUUAUUGAUGGUCAUAAUGAUCUGCCCAAUAAUUUAUUUGAAAAACUCGGUAACGAAAUUACUAAUUUCGAAUUUGACAAAGAUUUACGGAAGGAUGUUCGAUUUGGUAGGCAAAAAUGCGAUUAUUGUUACACGGAUUUACCCAGAUUACGAAGAGGAAAAGUCGGUGGUCAGUUUUUUGUUGCUUAUGUGCCCUGUGAGAGUCAGUACAGAGAUGCCGUGGCAAAAACUUUGGAACAAAUCGAUGUUAUAAAACGAUUAGUGUUUAAAUAUCCUAAUCAUUUGCAAUUAGUUACAUCAGUCGCUGGUAUUUGGGAUGCAUUUAAUAAAAGUAAACUUGCUUGUCUGAUAUCAGUAGAAGGAGGGCACUCAAUCGAUUCAAGAUUAAGCAUUCUUAGAACGUAUUAUGAACUAGGUGUUCGAUAUUUAACAUUAACACAUGCAUGUAGUACUCCUUGGUUAUUUAUUUAUGUUUAUUUUUUAAUUUCAAAUAUUAAUAAUUAUUUUUUUAGGGCUGAUAACUCUUGGGAAUUACACCCAAUUAAAAAUCUCACAAAAUUCGGAGAAAUGAUUGUAAAAGAGAUGAACAGGUUAGGAAUGUUAGUUGAUUUAUCGCAUGUUUCUCCACCAGUAAUGGAACGAGCUAUUAGAAUAAGUAAAGCUCCAGUGAUAUUUUCUCAUUCCGCAGCUUAUUCUUUGUGUCCCCAUAACAGAAAUGUUCCAGAUAAAAUAUUAAGAAUGUUGAAAUUAAACAAUGGGAUCAUCAUGAUUGUGUUUCAUAACGAAUUUGUUACCCCCAAUGUUUUAGAAGCAACCUUAGGAGACGUUGCAAGACAGAUUAAUUACGUUGUUAAUUUAAUCGGGAUCAAUCACGUUGGAAUAGGAGCCGAUUACGAUGGAGUACCUUUUAUGCCCAAAGGUUUAGAAGACGUAUCAAAAUAUCCAGAUUUAUUUGAUUAUCUCAAAAAACGAAAUCCGCGAAGGUGGACGUCGGAAAAUUUAAAAAAAUUGGCUGGAUUGAAUUUUUUACGAGUACUAAGAACAGCUGAGAGAAUUAGGGAUAGACUUCGGGGUCAAAACGCGUAUGAAAAUCAUAUACAAAAAUACGAUCUACAAAAAAUAGGACCUUUAGCGUUUAGAUGUAGAACAGCAUAGAAUACUUUAUUACA